AGAGAGAGAGAAUGGCACUCGCUCUGUUGAAGGAAGAGGAGGAAACCGCUUCUAAAAGUCCUUGAGAGAAGAAGAGGAAAAGGAAGAAGAGAGGAGGAGGAGGAGGAGGAGGAGGAGGAGGAGAACAAGAUGAAAUAACAAGGAAGAACAACAAGAACAUCAACAAUAACAAGAACACGAAGAAUUAUAAAAGAAACACAUUGAAAAAACGAAGAGAAAGAAAGAAAAGAAAAGAAAGAAAGAAAGAAAGAAAAACACGACGAAAUAUAUAAAGAAAAAAGAAACAAAACAAAAAGUGAAGUGAGAAAGUGAGCGAGUGAAAACACCAAAUAAAAAAAGAAAAUAACAAUAACAAAAACAAUAAUAAAAACUAAACUAAGAACCAUCAACCCAGUCAAAACAAACCCAUAACUAUGACGUCACCACAACCACCAUCACCACCUCAACCACCACCACCACCAUCACCAUCAGACCUCAAGAAGAUGAAGACGAGGACGAACAUGGAGAAGAAGAAGAAGGAAGAAGAGGAGAUGAAGAUGAAGAAGGAAGAAGAGGAAGAAACCAAACCAAAGAUAUGCAGGAAUAACGCGAAGGAGAGAAGAGGAGGAGGUGGGGUGUUGUGGGCGGUGGUGGUGGUGUUGGGGGUGUUGGGCGUGGAGGUGACUGGUGUUGACGGGCGGCUGGUGUGUUACAACGGCGGGUACUGUAUCUACAACACCUGCGUAUGUCCGUCUGGCUACUAUGGAACCGUCUGUCAAUUCGACAAGGACGAGUGCGCGGUGAACAACGGGGGAUGCCAACACGAGUGCCGUAACACACUAGGCUCCUACGUGUGCUGCUGUAACGCGGGGUACAAGCUGGGCCCGGAUAAGCACGCCUGUCUGGAGGUGGACGAAUGCCUGGAUCACAACGGGGGCUGCGGUCAUGCCUGCCACAACACGCCCGGCUCCUACGAGUGCCGCUGCCGCCAGGGACACAGACUCCUCCCCGACGGACGGACCUGUGUGCCGCCCCCCACCCCCCGCGCGCGAUGCCACAUGCAGAACGGAGGGUGCCAACAUCGGUGCCAUCAGACCCCCGGGGGUGUCACUUGCUCCUGCCGCCCUGGGUUCAGGCUAGCCGAGGACGGGCGUCGGUGCAGAGCCUACGACCCCUGCCAAGUGGACAACGGGGGAUGCUCGGGGCGUUGCACGGCGGAGGGGGGGCGGGCGCGCUGCUCUUGCCCCCCCGGCCUGACCCUGGGGCCCGACGGGAAGGUGUGUCAGGACGUGGAUGAGUGCCGGGGUGCCGCGCAGUGCAACCACCGCUGCCAGAACACGUGGGGGUCCUACCAGUGUGUUUGCGACGCGGGGUUCGAACUGGACACUGACGGACGGACUUGUAAACGUGUGCGCGUGACGGACUGGUGCGCGGCUAACAAAGGGGGGUGCCAGCACUUGUGUCACCCCGCCCCCCACGGCCCCGUCUGCGCCUGCCGCCCCGGGUACACCCUCAGGCAGGACGGGAAGACGUGUCAGGACGUGGACGAGUGCCGGCGGGGUGCCCAUCGGUGCCAGCAUGGGUGCAGCAACACGCCCGGGGGCUACACAUGCACCUGCCGCGCCGGUUUCACCCUCAGCGCUGACGGAUACUCCUGCACAGACGUGGAUGAGUGCAGGGGAGGCGCGUCAGGCUGCCAUCACCACUGCCACAAUACCCCCGGCUCCUACACGUGCUCCUGCAGAAGGGGGUACAUCCUGCAAGGCCCGCGGCGCUGUACAGUGACUGGACGUAAGAGCUUUGAUACGGAAGAGAGCCUGACGGUCUUCCAGAAGGAGGAGGAGAAGGAGGAGGAGGAGGAAGAGACCCCAACGCCAGGAGGAGUAGCGAUCCCGGAAGGAGGAGGAAGAAGAGAUGAGGGAGGAGGAGGAGGAGGAGGAGGAGAAGGAAGAGGGGGAAUAGACUGGAUAGGAAGAGGAGGUGGAGGAGGAAGAGGAGAAGGAGGGUUAGUAUUCGGAGGUGGCGAGCUGACAGUAGGAGGAGGAGGAGGAAGAAGAGAAGAAGGAGGAAGAAUAGGAGAAGGUGGAAGAGGAGGAGGAGGAUGGCGAGGAGGACAUGGGGGGCAGAAAUGGAAGGAAGAGAAGGAGGGGGAAGAGGGAUGGAGGUAUGGAGGGAAGGGGAGGAGAGGGGAGGAGGAAGAGGAAGAAGGGAAGAGAAGAGGAUGGGGAAGAGAUAAUUUUGACGCAAUGAUAAUUAUUAAGGACACUUGGAUGGAUAGAAAAGGCGGAGGAGGAGGAAGAGGAGGAGGAAGAGGAGGAGGAGGAGGUUUUACAGGGACUGGACAAGUCGUGAUAGGAGAAGGAGGAAGAGAAUGGAUGGGACCCGGAGGAAGAGUGGAAAUAGGACUAGGAAGAGGAGGAGGAGGAGGAGGAGGAGGAGGAGGAGGAGGAGGAAGAGAAGACGAUAGCGGAAGAGAAGGAGGAGGAGGAAGAGGAGGAAUAGGCGGGGAUAGAGAAAGAGAUAGAACUGAUAUAGGAAGAGGAGGAGGAGGAGGAGAAGGAGGAGGAAGAGGAGGAGAGGAAGACGUGGAUAGGCCAGGAAAAGAAGAAGGAGGAGGAGGAGGAGGAGGAGGGGAAGAAACAGAUAGGGAAGUAGGGAAAGGAGGGAGAGGAGGGGAAGGAGGAGAAGAAGAAGAAGAAGGAGGAGGAGGAGGAGGAGGAGGAAGAAUAAUAGGGAUAGGAGGAGAAAGAGUACGAGGAGGAGGAGUAGAAAGAGUAGGAGAAGGAGGAAGAAUAGAUAUAAUAGUAGGAGGAGGAGGAAGAGGAGGAGGAGGAGGAGGAGGAGGAGGAGGAAGAAUAGAAGGAGAUAGAGACAAAGAUUUUAGAAUCCCUACACAAAUAGAUAAAGAAGAAGAAGAAGAAGAAGAAAUAAACGGAGGAGGAGGAGGAGGAGGAGAGGAAGAGGAAGAGGAAGAAGAAGGAGGAGGAAGAAGAUGGUGGAUAAAGCAGGUGGAUGAGAGAAAUGUUACCACUUACGAAGAUAGGAAGUUUAGAACAAAUGAAGUGGAGGGAGAGGAGGAGGAGAAGAAGGAGGAGGAGGAGGAGGGGAGGCCGGGAGGGAGGCGGAGGCCUGGUCAAGUGGAGGAGGAGUGGACAUGGAGGGUGGAGCAAGAGACUACAUUUGGAGGAGGAGGAGGAGGAGGAGGAGAGGGAAGUGGAGGAGGAAGAGGAAUUGAUGGGAUAGAAGAGGAAAAUGGAAUAGGAGGAGGAGGUGGAAGAGGAGGAGGAGGAGGAGGAGGAAGAGAAGAGGAAGAGGGAGUAGAUAUAGGAGGAGGAGGUAGUGGAGGAGGAAGACCAAGACCAGAAGAAGAAGGAGGAGGAAGACCAGAGGGAGGAGGAGGAGGAGGAGGAGGAAGAGAAGAGGAAGAGGGAGUAGAUAUAGGAGGAGGAGGAAGUGGAGGAGGAAGACCAGGACCAGAAGAAGAAGGAGGAAGACCAGAGGAAGGAGGAGGAGGAGGAAGAGGAGGAGGAGGAGGAGGAGAAGAAAAACCCUGGUGGAGCAUUUUGGAGACAAACAGGACACAAGAAGAAGAGGAGGAGGAAACUUUCUCUCCAGGUAAGGAGGGGAAGGAGGCAUUAGACGUGGAGGAAGAGAGGAAGAUGGAGGAAGACAGGAGGGAGGCGGAGGAAGAAGAAGACACGAGGCCAGAAGAAGAGGAAGAGGAGGAGCACCCAGGAAGAGGUGGAGGAGGAGGAGGAGAUAUAUGGAAGAAGAAAGAGGAAGAAGUAAUCAUAGAAGAGGAAUGGUGGAAGAGAGGACACGAGGAAGAGGAAGACAAAGAAGACAAGGAGGAGGACAACACCAUCAGAGGAGGAGGAGGAGGAGGAGGAGGAAGAAGAGAAGAAGAAGAGAACGCUAUCAACAUCACUACCACAACAACCUUCCACACGUGCCCCCCUGGUCGAACUGGCCCUCCGGAGUGCCACCUGCCCUGUCCUCAUGGCACCUACGGGGAAGGGUGUCUCCAGGCGUGUCAGUGCCAGAACGGCGGCACUUGCGACGCCGUGACCGGGGCCUGCACGUGUCCCCCGGGCGUCUCCGGCAUCCUGUGUGAGGAUGGCUGUCCCGCAGGGUUCUACGGGCGUACGUGCCGGCGCCGCUGCCCCCCUGGAUGCCCUAACAAGCGCUGCAACAAGAUCUUCGGUUUCUGCGAGUGCGACCCCGGCCACUUCGGGCCCUCCUGCAUGCUGCCCUGCCCCGCCCUCACCUGGGGACCCAACUGCCGCCACCAGUGCCAGUGCCAGCCACGGACCACCCUGCGGUGCGACCCCACGAGCGGGGCGUGUGAGUGCCAACCGGGUUAUGUGGGUGCCACCUGCGCAGAGGAGUGCCCCGAGGGUCGCUGGGGUCCCGGGUGUGCCAGGGAGUGCCAAUGUGCGGAGGGUGCCCCCUGCCACCCAUCCACCGGGACCUGCCUGCACCACUGUCUCCCGGGGCUCACAGGGGAUAACUGUGACAAACCGUGCGGGGCGGGGUACUUCGGCCAGGGGUGCCUCCAGCAGUGCCAGUGUAAGGAGGGGCGCGCGUGUGACCCUGUGACGGGGGAGUGCCUCUGCCCCGCGGGGAGGAAGGGGCCGCGAUGCCUCCAGAAGUGUGAGGAGGGCCGGUGGGGUGCCAGCUGCCUUCAGGAGUGCCAGUGCCAGAACCUCGCCACGUGUGACCCUGAGACCGGGGAGUGCCGCUGUCCUGCCGGCCGUAUGGGUCCUGGGUGUGGCGAGCCGUGUGGCCUGGGUCGCUGGGGCCAGGACUGCCGCCGCCAGUGCCGCUGCCUGCACGACGCCACCUGCCACCCCGUCACGGGCAGGUGUGAGUGCCGUGCGGGCUUCACUGGCCACUACUGCGGGCAGCCGUGUGCUCCGGGGCGCCACGGGCCGGACUGCGCGCUGCCCUGCCAGUGUCCCGGCGGCGGCCUCUGCGACAGGGUGACCGGGGAGUGCGCGCGACGCUGCCCCGUGGGUCGUUACGGGCCGGACUGUGACCUGACCUGCACCUGUGCCAACGGGGCGACCUGCGAGCCAGCCACGGGGGAGUGCACCUGUGCCCCGGGGUGGCGCGGGGCCUCCUGUGAAGAGCCAUGCCCCGCGGGGUCAUGGGGGCCGGAGUGUCGGCGGGGCUGUGACUGCGGCGCCGCCCCGUGCGACCCCACCACCGGAGUGUGCCUGUGUCCCCCGGGGCGAAGCGGACCCAGGUGUGAGGAAGACGUCGGCCUCCCCCCGUGCCCGCAGGAUCGGUGGGGUGAGGAGUGCCAACACGCCUGCCUGUGCCACAACGGGGGGUCAUGCGACAGGGCCUCGGGGGCGUGUGUGUGCCCCGCGGGGUUCACAGGGCCCACGUGCGGCGACCGGUGUGCGGAGGGACGGUUCGGGGCGCGGUGUGAGGGCGUGUGUCGGUGUGAGCACGGCGCGCCCUGCCACCACGUAACCGGCGCCUGCAUGUGUCCCCCGGGCCGCGUGGGGGACUUCUGCGAGGACGAGUGCCCACCGGGGAGGUACGGGCCAGAGUGCCUGUUGGAGUGCCGGUGCCACAACGGGGGGCGCUGUGACCCCGCCACGGGUGUCUGUACUUGUGCCCCGGGCUGGCGAGGGCAACACUGCAACAGGGAGUGCCAACCAGGGUCGUGGGGUGAGGGGUGCCGCGGGGUGUGCGAGUGUGUGAGCGGCGGGGAGUGCCACCACGUCACCGGGGAGUGCCAGUGUGCGCCAGGCUUCACGGGGGAGCGCUGCGAGGCGGUGUGCCCACCGGGUUUCUACGGGGAGGAGUGCCAGGAGCAGUGCCAGUGUGGGCCGGGGGAGCCGUGCCAUCACAUCACGGGGGCCUGUGUUUGCCCCCCGGGACUCCACGGCGACCAGUGCCACCUGUACUGCGAGGAAGGGUUCUGGGGCGAGGGGUGCCAGCAGGAGUGCCAGUGCCCCGAGGCCGCCCUGUGCAACCCCGUCAACGGCACCUGCUACUGCCCCGCCGGCCACAGGGGACGGCACUGUAGGCGGACUUGCCCCAAGGGACGCUACGGGGUGGGCUGCAAACAGAAGUGCGAGUGUGGCCCCGGUGGCACCUGUGACCCUGAGACGGGGCAGUGCCAGUGCUCCGAGGGCUUCUACGGCCCCACCUGUGCCCUGCAGUGCCACCAGGACCCCGCCUCGGCACUGUGCAACCAGACGUGUGAGUGUGAGCACGGAGGGGUGUGUGACAGGGCGGGGAUGUGUCGCUGCCCCGCGGGGUACACGGGGCCACGCUGCGAGUCCGCCUGCCCCGAGGGGACCUGGGGGAACCUGUGUGCCUUCCAGUGCCGCUGCCAGAACGAAGCCAUCUGCCACCCGGCCACCGGGGAGUGUCAGUGCGGCAUGGGGUGGACGGGGGAGCGGUGCGAGGAGCCGUGCCCCCGGGGUCACUACGGUCCGGGGUGCCGCCUCGCCUGCGCCUGCCACGGGAAUGCCACGUGCGACAGAUUCUCCGGAUGCUGCGAGUGUGGCCCGGGGCGCUACGGACGGUACUGUGAGCUGGAGUGCCCGCCUGGUCUGCACGGGGCGUAUUGCAAGGCGGUAUGCGAGUGCCUCAACGGUGCCACAUGCGACCCAGCCACCGGGGAGUGCCAUUGUGCGCCGGGCUUCAGGGGGGAGCAGUGUGAGGAGCCGUGUCCCUCAGGCCUGUUCGGCGCGGGCUGCCUGGAACGGUGCCAGUGCGGUGCCUACAAGUGCCGGAAGGAUACAGGGGAGUGCCUCUGUCCGCCUGGCUACACCGGCGUCGACUGUGCCUCGCCGUGCGGGCCGGGCAGGUACGGGCCGGGGUGCCAGCAGGAGUGUGAGUGCCACAACGGAGGCACCUGCGACCCCGCCACUGGCCGCUGCACGUGUCCGCCAGGCUGGCUGGGGCCCAAAUGCAAGGACAGGGACGUACCCUUCACCACCCACGCUGACCACCGGGGCCGCGCGGACAUCCCGGUGGAGGACAGCUGAGCGGCGCCCGGGGGAGAAGAGCGAGGAGGCGCGAGGAGGCUGAGAACGAGGUGCCACAAGGGAGUGAAAGAGUCAAAUACUGAGUGCCACGAUAUGGAAAGUGAUACGUGAGCUCUAGCAAUGUUUUGUCAUGUGUUACUGGGUUUUGGCACCGCAGAGAGGAGUGCCACGCGAGGAAACAGGAAGGAGUGCCACGCUAGGGAACAGGCCGUCUACCAUAGUGCCACGUGGAAGACAAGCUACCUUUUGAGUGCCACACGUCGGAGGGUUACGAGAUGAAGACCAAGUUACCUGUUAGAGGGAUUUUUACAGCAAGGCACCACGUUGGAACAAGAAGAGUGCCACGCUAGGGAACAGGCGGUCCACCAUAGUGCCACGUGGAAAACAAGCUACCUCCUGAGUUCAGUGCCACACAUCGAAAGGCUACGAGAUGGAAGACUAAGUUACCUGUUAGAGGGAUUUUUACAGCAAGGCACCACGUUGGAACAAGAGUGCCACGCUGAGAAACAAGUCCCCUACUGCAGUGCCACGUUUCAGGAGGUUACUAUACGAGGAAAGACGCGAGAUCAAGCCAUGAUUUGAAGCGUAUCGCCUUCUGAGUGCCACAUUAAAGUAGACACGCCCACACAGACCCAGUGCCACAUGCUUUACUUUCUCAGGGUGCCACUUGAACACCAUACAGCAGUGCCAGCGAGAGGGGCUUUUGAGUGCCAUUAAAGAAAAGCUGACACCAAAAAGUAAGAGCCCCACGUAAUAUUAUGGUCUUAAGGUGGCACUCCUAAUGGUAAUCUACAUCUUACAAGAGUGCCAGGGAUGGAUCGGCAAUGAUACAGGUGACCCUUCAGUGCCUCACAAGUGCCUGGUAAGCAUUAAGAGAUUCAGGUGGAAGUUUAAGGGCUGCAUGGAAGGUACAGUGCUUCAACAGUGCCAGCAGUGCCUCACAUAAGGGUACCAUGACACCUAUAGGAUUUUUACACUUCACGGAGAGGUUACAGUAGUGCCAAUGGAGCUUACUGUCAUUAGUAGUGCCUAUACAUUGCACUGAUGCCUAUAGAUUCCAGACCCUUGCAUAACAGUGCCACCAGUCAUGCGAAGGUUCCUAAUGCUGCUAGUCUGAGCGUGAGUGCCACAUAUAGGUUACAGAGGUGUGUGCAACGUUCCCAGCAUCGCCUAUACACAACCGACACCUCUAAGAUAGUGCCUUCCAUAACAGUGCCACCACAGCCUUGUAAGCCUCUCCAGGGUGCCAGUCUGAUCGUGAGUGCCACUAAUAGGUAACAGAGGUGCCUACAAUGUUACCAGCAGCACAUAUAGACUACCGAUACCUCUAAGAUAGUGCCUGCCAUAACAGUGCCACUAGAGCCUUGUAAACCUCUCCAGGGUGCCAGUACGAGAGUGCCACCUAUAUUCACUUACGCUUUACCUAAGUGGCGCCUGAUCAGCAGUGGCGCCAUGACAACAGUGCCAAAGACUCCUCGGUGCCUCGUCAGUCUCGUGAUGCCAAAAAAAGAAACAGUGCCAAUGAUGUACUUAGAACCGACAGGAGUGACUUGGCAUCCUGCUCCUUGAUGCCACUACAGCACAGUGCCACGAGGACGGUAGUGCAGUGCCAAGGGGAGAAAGGAGUGCCAGAGUAGGAUAAGUGACCAACCAUACCGGAGUGACAUGCUAAAGAACAGUGCCACAAAAAAAUUAUGGGCAGUGCCAAGAGAAGGAACCAGUGCCACAGUAGGAUAAGUAACCUCUGACGCAGCAGUGAAAAGGAGAGCACGUGGCAUGAUAGAGAACAGUGCCACGGAGAAUGAAGUGUAGUGCCAAGGGAAGAAAAAAGUGCAUUGGAUGUGAAACCUAAGAGAGAGUGAUACUAAAAUGAAUGAGUAAAAAAAUAUACGAGUAAGUAAAAGAAAUAAGUGAAGAAAAAAAACAUGAGUAAGUAAAAUAUAUAAGUAAGAGAAAAAUCAUGAGUAAUAAAGAAAAAGAUGAGUAAAAAUGAUGAAUGAGAAAAAGUAAAAGACAUGCGUAAAAAAAAUGAGUAAGUAGAAUAUAUAAGUAAGAGAAAAAUCAUGAGUAAUAAAGAAAAAGAUGAGUAAAAAUGAUGAAUGAGAAAAAGUAAGAGACAUGAGUAAGAAAAAAAUGAGUAAGUUAGACAUGAGUAAAAAAAAGUGGAAAAAACAGUGAGUUGCGUUAUGGACAGUGUUAUAUGUGUGUGUGUGUGUGUGUGUGUGUGUGUGUGUGUGUGUGUGUGUGUGUGUGUGUGUGUGUGUGGUGUGCAGCGUUAUCAAAUUAUCGUAUUAACCACAUAUCGUAUCUAUCAUCUUUAUGCCUCAGACUCUCGUACCUACACAAGUAACGUGAGAAAAUCAAAGUUAGUGCUAAAAACUGUUGAAUAUUGAUGUUUUUCGUUCUUUGUUGUUAUAAUUAUCGGUCAGGAACUACGAAAAUGAAAUGCGAUGAGUACGAUAAUUUGGCAACGCUGGUGUGGUGAGGUGGUGGUGGUGGUGGUGAGGCAGUGACGUGAAUACCAGCGGCACUUCCACCUAUCCGUAACAGUGAUAUGUGGAAUACAGUGCCACCCUAAGAGGAAUCAAUGACAAUAUGACGCUCGAAAAAAAAAAAAGAGGAAAAAAAGAGAAGUAUCAGAAGCGUGGAAACAAUGGCACUCGAAAUAGACAGAAAAAAAAGAAAGAAGAAAAAUUAAAAGAAAAAGAUUCGGAAGCGUGAAAAAAAUUACUCAAAAAAAGAAAGAAAGAAGGAAAGGAAAAUGAAAAAAGGAAAUGAGGAAAAUAAAAAACAAAGAAUCUUGACACUCGAAAAAAAUAAAGAAAGAAAAAGAAAAGAAAUAAGGAAAAAGAAAAAAAGAAACAGCCUCACACUACACUCUGUUCACUCUAUCUUGGCAUGUUAGCCCCUCCCCCUUUCCCAGUGCGUGUCUAUCAUUGGCCAGUCAGCAAGCAAGCCACGCCCAUUCUCCAACCAUACCCCGUUCACUCUAACUUGGCGAAUAGCUCCUCCCCCUUCAUCAGUGCUUGUCUAUCAUUGGUCGCUCCGCAGCCCAGCCACGCCCCCUUUCUAACUCAGGCAGCAGGUAAUUGGUGGACACUGGGAAAGGUUAAAUCCUAUUGGUGGCUGCUGGGAAAGGUAAACAGUUAUUGGUGGAUGCUGGGGAAGGUUAAAUCUCAUUGGUGGAUGCUGGGAAAGGUUAACAGUUAUUGGUGGAUGCUGGGAAAGGCUAACUCCUAUUGGUGGUUCCUGGGGCGUUGUGGGCGUGGCUUAUAUGCCAAUGAAAUGUGAACAGACUGUAGCAACGAAAUGCAAGUUAAUCAAAUCCAAGAAAUCAAAGCAGUGCCACAAAUUCACGAUACUGCACUGUGUCACAUGACCUGCAGUGCCACGUGUAAUGAAUGGGAGUGCCACCUAUGUAUCAGUAAGGCAGUGGCGCGUAGAAGCCGUGCCAGUGUUAGUGCCAUCUAGCGGAAGAAUGAGGCAACACAUGAAGAGGGCCAACUGAGUGUCAACGAGUGUGUGUAUGUGUUUGUGUGUGUUCAUGAGAAAGUUCUGAGUGCCAUAUUAGCUGUGUAUGUGUGUGUGUGUGUGUGUGUGUGUGUUUGUGUGUGUAAGAAUUCCUAAUAUUUACCUCAUUUUAUCCUCCUUUCUUUCCUCCAUCUCUUCCUAUCUCCCUCUCCUCCCUCCCUUUCUUUCCUUUUCUUCCUCUCUCCAUGCCCACCUUUUUCUCUCCCUUUUACAUUCACCCUUUCUUCUCUUCUCUUCUUCAUCUCCUGCCCUUAUCAUUCUCUUCUUUCUUCCCUUAUUCCUCUCUUUUCCCUUUCCUAUUUUCCUUCACCCUUCUUCCCUUGCCUCUUUCCUCCCUCCGUUUUCUCUCCCACUCAAUUUUCCUCCCCAUUCUCUUCUUUCCAUACCCUCUUCAUCAUUUCGCCUCUCCUAACCUCCCAUCUUUUUCCUCCCUCUUUUCUUUCUUCAUUCUCUCCCUCCUCCCAUCUUUCUUUCUUUCAUCUCCCUUUUCACUUCUAUCUUCUUUUGUCCUUCUCUUCUUUCGACCCUCCCUUCCUUUCUUCUUGUCUAUCAUUUUCUCCCUCUCCUGUUUUUACUUUCUCUCCCUCCUUCCCUCUCUCUCCCUUCCUUUCCUCCUAGUUUCUUCUCCCUUCUCUCCCUCCCUCUCUUUACAUCCUCUUCUGUUUUACCGCUCCUCCACUCCCCUCCCUUCCUUCCCUCCCUCCACUCUUUCCUCCGUCUCUCCCUCAUAAUGUAUCGCCACACUAAGUUAUUACGUUGCUAUGUAUCCUGUACAAAUAAAAAGUUACCAACCCA